UUAGGCCGGUUGUGCUGCCGUCACCGGCUCCCAGCGACGAGCCGAGCCCUGCCUUGUCGAACGCGCUCGAUAGCCCGAGAACCCAGCCUGUCUCCCUCACCGAUGCGCACACUAUGGAGUCUGCAGCACCCUCGAACUCGGUGCCCCUCCCUGUUACCGAUGCCCGAUUUGUCCACGAACCUUCUGGCAGUCCAGUUAUGCAGGGUGCGCGGGGGACCAUAACCAGUGCCUCUUCUGUUCACCGCGUGGACCGCUCUCCGGCGCCAUGUCGUAUGUUUCAAGCUUCUAGCAACGGAAUUCAAGUUGCGCAACAUGGAGACGAUCGGGACAUGAGCGUUGGCAGAGCUUCCACAUCAACAGCCUCCCCUGGACCAGAUCCUCCUCCGCUCAAGAGACGGCGUACAGACGUGACAAGUUCCGCGUCUAUGACUUGCUCCUCGCUGCUUCAGAUAUUAGACCAGUAUAUCGACUCUUGCGGGGGCGCCCAGACGCUCGAAGUGACUAUCGAGAGACCGCGACUCAUGCUCCUCAAGGAUGCCUGUCGAAAAGAAGACGAGUUCUUCAUUGUGUUGCACCAGCUGUUCUGCAUGUGGUCCCUGCACCCGCAGAAUACAUAUACAUCCCUCCCCCUGGACCGAGCAACUAUUGACAAUGCGUUCGCCAUCCUCGAGAAGCUUCUUAAAAAGAACCAGUUCAUGGCACUGGCGCACCAGCAAUGGCUUUCUCGAUUUCCUGUCCCCGUCGCGCAGUUCAGCCGGGGUCAUAUCGGGGGUGCAGCUGUCAUAAGGCAAAUAUCAACCUUCCUCGGUGCUUUGGUUCACGAUUAUGAGCCGUUAGUCACAGCAUGCAUGCAGCGAAGGUAUCCAUUCCUGGUCGACGAGUUGCUGGUUGGUCUGAGCUGCUUCUCCCCGGUAUUGCAGUUCAUCCUCUUCACUUCCUGUCGGAGGCGGUUAGGAGUACCCGAUGAUAGCCUCGGCCACCAAAUGGAACAGGCAUUUCGUGAGGAUCAGAACAGACAUGGAAGCUCCAUGACAGGAAUUCAAGCUUUGGCACCUGUUUCUUCCAAGCGAGAUAUGGAACAACGCAAUAUUUCGCUUAUUAACUUCUACAAGCUCACAGUUGAAGCAGCGUGUGCCGGGCGGCCCGGCCAGAAUCCAGCCCAGCCCAGCUUUCAAAAUCCUUCCAUUCCAAGCGCAGCUGCAACAAAUGUACAACAACAAAAUGCAAAUCGGUCGCCUUCCACACGAUGUCCACAACCCCUUACAAUACAACAUCCGCAACCACCUUCCAUACAACACCCACAGCAGCACCAGGACAGUUCUUCCCCUCACUCUAUACCACAUCCUUUCUCUCUUGGGCUGUCUCAGCCAUCGACGGCGAGAACGAAUCUUAAGAAGACCUCUCCGAUGGUAAACAGAGGUGAUACCGCCCAGAUAGCAUUGCCAAGUGCCAACACACCCACGACGCCUCAGCAGCGGCACAACACAGUCCCAGACCCGGCUCAGCUGCAGCCCAGGACGGUGGGAAGCAAUCUUUCGAAUCAGCAGCUCCAGGUAUCGCCGUCGCAGUACCUCUUCCACCGGCAGCAAGCCUUAGUUUCGGGACUACCACCACUGUCUCCACAGCAGUUCAACCAGCAUCAAAAUCAGAGGAACUUGCAGGCUGCCACCGCAAUCUCACCUACCCAAGGUGGCCUGCCGGCUAUUCGGCCAUUACCUCCCGGUGCGCCACAGGCUUCACGCGAGGUCCAGUCCAUACCGAACAUCCGGCAACAGCAGUCUCCGUACAGCAUUUGGAUUCACGCGGCGCAGCCCCCAAUAACUCCUCGCGGACACAUGGCUCAUGGAAUACAACCUGGGCAUAUCCCAACCGCUCAGCCCAUGGCACAGCAGGCACCGCAGGGUGUUGCUCAACGACAGUCUCCUAGGACGGCAAUGGAACCCUUACUGCCGCCACCAGGCACUGAAAUCGGGCGAACAAACUGGCCAUACGACCCAUCGGACCGCAAAGCGAUUUUGAUGUCGCUGCACCAAGCUCAUAUCCGGAGCCCCAAGCGAAGUAUCAAAGACGGCGAGACGGAACGCUUUUACCAGGCUGUGAAAUCGCUCCCAGUCGGUCCGGUGCCCGUGGUUCCUAAGAAGACCAUGUACGAAUUCCGGUUCGAGGUGACGGAUGAGCAGUUUUCCCUGGCUGCAACCAAGUCAAGUGCGCACAGGGGUCUUCUCCCAGUGGUUGAGCACUUCAACGGCGCGCUUCGGUGGCGGAUUCGAUGCUGCGCAGUUCCUAGCUCGCUCAAGACGCCCACCGAGGAGCAGUGGGUAACGCUAGAUGUGAGCUGGCCUUCGCACAUACACAUGACGCUCAACGGCAGGGUCCUUUACGUCCGCAGGCAGCCGCACAACGGGAAGGACCUCCCGACAGAAGUCACCGACUUCAUUGUUCAGGGCACCAAUAUCCUCGUGAUGGUUAUUCACGGUGCACAGGGCGAAGGCCACAAGAAUCACCAUCUAGCCGUCGAACUCCUGGAAACGCUCGGCCACUCCACCGUCAUCAACGCCAUUUGGUCGAAGGGCGUACUGCCCGAAGAAGGCACGCUAAACACCAUCAAGAAGCGCCUAACCUCGUCCAUUGACGACGAAGUCACCUUUGACGCGCCCGACCUCUCCAUCGACCUCGCCGACCCUUUCAGCGCGACAAUCUUCAAGAUUCCCGCCCGCGGCGUCACAUGCACGCACAUGGAGUGCUUUGAUCUGGAGAAUUGGCUCAACACGCGCCCCGCCAAACCGCCGCCCGCCAAGUGCACCCAUAAUAAACAGGGUUCGGGUCCUUGCACCUGUCCUAACUCGAACUAUUCGAGGGCGGAACCCUCCAACGCGGAUAAGUGGCGCUGUCCUAUCUGUUUUAGGGAUGCGCGGCCUUAUAGCCUGCGGAUUGACGGGUUUUUGUUGAAGGUGCGUACGCAGCUCGAGGAGGAGGGGAAGUUGGGGGCCAAGAGCAUGCGGGUUAAAGCCGAUGGGAGCUGGUCUGUUGUGGUGGAUGACGAGGGGGACGGUGAUGCGGGGAGUGAUGGGGAGGGGCCGGCGUCGAGGUGGAAGAGUAAGGUGGUGGUGGCGGAGACUCGGGCGGCGACUGUGCCGGUGAGGAGGGAGGUUGAGGUCAUUGAGAUUGACUAAUUGAGUGGUUGAGUCGGUCGGUCGGUUGGUCGGUUCUCGUCACUGUCGACCGCUCAUC